AUGGCCAUGGAGUGUCGACUACCGCACGCCCCACUGUCUGAGCGCAAGCGCAAAGCACCGGGCAUGGUGCGCGAAAUACAUGGCGUGCUCGUGGCCAAUAAGCGUGUGCAUCUCUAUGGUCCGCGCUUUGCGGACCUGGGAGUGCACCACAACAUCCGCACUCUCUUGGCAGACAUGGCUCCGGUCCAGGUAGCAUCGUCCUCUGAUGAGGAGACGAUCGGCGUGGACGCCAAAACUGCAACCGACACCGCCCCACGGUCUCUGGCUCAGGAGACUGUGGACGUGUUGGAACCGCUGGAAACAGAUCUGCAACGCCGACUGGCUUGCGAUGGCCAGAUGGCCAGCAGCAUCAUCCACAUGUGGCAAGCCCUGCGGGUGGCGCAGACCAUGCUCGUCCCUGCGAGGGCCUGCCUCCGGCGCGCAGCACAAUCCAACGCGGAGGGGGUGGAGGACUUUACAUUCGACUCGUCGGAUGUAGCCCGCGUGCACGACAAGACCCCUUGCGGCUCGACGCAUGGCCGCGCAGCCAUGCCGGGACGGAAGAGGAAAGAUCCAGACACCACGGAUGCGUUCUGGGACGCCCUGCGCGGGACUCAUUCCAGUGUACGCGACGCGGUGCGCAUCUGGAACUCUGCCGUAGCGCAGGGAAGUGAAAUCAGUCGAUGGCAAGGGUCGACAGCGGUGCGUGACCGCAAAGCUCGAUUCCAAGCCUGCUUUGACCUACACUGGCUCCCUAGUGCGAAAGCAGGUGAGCCCGCAGAACCCUUGUAUGUGGCAAACUUGGAGCGUCUGCUGCAGGCACUUGUCUCAACGUACCCAGCUUGGGCUUCAGCUGUCUGGGAGGCGGCGGGCGCUCAGAGCGGCCGCGCGCAGGCCAUUCUAUACAACGAUGAAGCGUGGUUUGUGCUGGGCUGUGUUCAGCGUACGCAGGUGGACCGCAUUGAAGGUGGGACGUCUGGCAUCAUGCGAUGCGCGGUCAACGCUUUGCACGCGGACAGACACGAGGCGGGCUUCACUAUCCACUGUGGCGCACACGGCGACACCCAGCUGCGCCUGCACAGCAAGUCCUUCUUCGUGGCGGACCAUGACGCCCAGCGUGCGACGUAUGGCAUCAAGGGCAGCGCUGGCUUGCUCCCGUGCGGUGCAUGCAGCAACGUCCUCAGUCGCCAGGCCACGAGCAUACCUCCAGGCUUCUGCACUAUUGCCGAACCCGAUUUGGCAACUUUCCACCCGAGAACGGACGCCGCGUAUGCUGCGGCGGUGCACUCCUUGCAGGAACCCUUGACGAAAGUUGCACUGAAGGAGAGAGAAAAAGCAACUGGCGUCCGCCUGCUACCGGGAGGAUUGCUGUUUUGCCCUCGAGCACGCGCCCGUCUACCCUUUAGUUCUUCUUGCACCGAUGUCAUGCACGACUACUUUGCCAACGGCAUCUGUAGCAGCGAGAUUGGUCUUAUACUGGAAGAGUUGGAAGUCCGCGGCGUGAGUCUAGCAGACCUCCAGCAAGUCUGCGACGUAUCGUCCUGGCACGCACAGGGCCAAGGUCGUACCCUGCGACCUGGAUAUUUGCGUGGACUGUUGCACGAAAAGAUGCACGAAGCUGGGACGGGGUUCAAGGGCGACGCCAGCGACUGCAUGUUGCUGUUGCAUGUUCUGCACUACUAUGUGGAUAGAUUAUUGAUACAGCAGGGCUUCGCGGGGGAGAAAACGAAGUCAUACCGAGCCUUAGUCGAAGUAGACCGGGAGAUUCACCGCUUGAGGAGUCGAGUUGAUUUGAUUUCUUCCGCUUUGGACGUGCUUCCAUUGGCCCGGAAACAAGAGGCGCACCACCGCGCAUUUGUGGAGGCAUAUGGUGCGGAGAAGGUCCGCCCGAAGCACCAUCAUCGGCUGCAUCUACCAGCGGAUAUCUUGAAGCUAGGCUUCGUGCCUGAUUGCUCUGCCAUGGAGAAGAAGCACCAGGCGCUCAAGUCGGGCGGCAUCUUGGACAAACACAGAGCAUGGGUUAACGUCGGAAAAGUGUGGCAGGAGCAAACGCUGGGCGCGUUGUGUCUCGUGGGCGACGCGGACGCAACUUCAUGGAACUGCAAGUUACUGCAGGAGGUUCGCCCUGCGUCGUCAGAGUCGCAGCGGCUCUUUCGCGAUCAGUCGCUGGAACGUUCCCUAUCUGCCCGCAGCGCGUUGGGUACUUUGUUUGUGGGAGACCACGUCAUCUGGCGCUGGGAAGGAGACGGUGGAGGCAUGAUCCGAGACUUGGUGCAAUCCAAACAGACAACCCUCCGCGUGAGGGUGACUCGCACGCAGAUCGUGUCCCGAGAACCGUGGGGCUCCGUCUGGGAUCUGACAUCCAGGGACACGUGGCACCGCAUAGACGAGGAAUUGGCGCAAGGUGCUGGGAUCGUUCAGUGCCGUGGUGUGGUGCUGUGCGUCAACGACCGUGUUGGGUUACCGAGACCACUGGAUGUGCCUGGGAAAGAGAGCUUCCAGGGUGUGGUAGCUGAUGGCACAUCAGAUUCACUGGCAGGGACAAGCAGCGAGGAGAUGGAAGAUCGCGAGGAAGGCAUCGAGCAGGAGAAGAGGGGAACUACACCGGCAGCUGGAGGCGAAAGGCGGCAGUGGAGUGAAGCUGAGUGGGAAGAGUGGAAUAGGAGGUGGUACUGGGGCUCGAGCUGGGGCUACGGCUCGAGGUGGUACGCCUCGGGGGAGAAAGAGCAGGGCACCGAGACGGCUGGGGCAGCCGCUUCGACCUUGCCCACGUCGGGGAACGACCACUCGGACCCAUGGCAGCAAGCAGGACGUGAUCCCUGGUCCCGAAGAACCUCAACCUCAGGAGCACCAAUGAUGGAACAUGGUCACUCGUCAGGAUGGUGGCCUAGCGGACACUACCCGAAGGCGGACUACAGUGAUCCGCCUGCCUGGUCGGGAUGGCCCAACUACAGGUUGUGGCGCAGAGCCUUGGUCAGGUGGAACUCAAAUACCGACGUCGUCGUGUGGCGACGAGCGGAGAAGGUGCUCAAGACGCUCGACUGGUCUUUGCAGGCCAAGUUGGACCACGUGUCAGAGACCACCUUGGCGAGUCCCUCCUACCUCACGGAGAUCCUCAAUGUGUUGGAUGUGCUAGCAGGUGAAAACGAGGACUCGGAACGAAGGAGGGCAGUGCGAGCAGCUCUCUUUGAAGGCCACAGGAAGUCAGAAGAGACCCUCGCGCAGUAUGCCCUUAGGAGGGAGUCUCAGUUCGAAGUAGCCAGCAGGUACAUGACCAUACCGGAGGAGAUCAAGGGCAUUCUUCUGGAAGAACAGUCAGGUCUCUCCAAGCAGAGUAUGCAGAGUCUGAGGGUUCUCACUCGCGGCCUCCAUUCCUACUCGGAGGUUAAGAAGGUGUUGAAGGUGCUGGACCUUGACGAGGAAAGCAUCAUCAAGAACGGCAAGGUGAGCUACUUUGACGACGCUCCUGAGUAUGAGGAGAGGGACUCCGAAGUGGACGACGACACCAUCUUCUCGGCCUUCGAGCUCGCAGACCUUGGUGAGGACGCGGCCAUGUCGUUGAUGGCAGAUCUUCAACAGGACCGGCGACAAGACAUCACGAGCUACAAGCGUCGACUGUCCGUGGAUGAGCUCAAGAAGGUGACCUUUUGCGGCAACUGUGGCAAGAAGGGUCACUGGCGAGAAGAUUGCACUGAGCCUGCUCGAGAGGGCGGCAGGCGUGACAGGGAUAAGGGACAAAAGAUGAAUGCCUUCGCCUACCUGGGCUUGUCUGAGGGCGCUGGAGACUCCAUUGCUUUUUUGGCUCAGAAUUUUGUCAACUACCAGUUCACUGAGCAUGCCUCCUUUCCUGAGCUGGACCCGGGGCAAGCGAUUGUUGACCCUGGGGCGUCUCAAGAUCUCAUCGGCUUGCACAGCUACAACAAGCCUCAGCAGAAGCUGGCUGAGGUUGGUUUCAAGACGAUCAAGCUCAAGGAGGCUCCCGCCAAGGCAUCCGGUGUCGGAGGGGCAGCCAAGACUCUUUUUAUGGCCCUGGCCCCAUGCGUUCUUGGGGGUCAACCCGGCGUGAUCAAGCUGACCGUCGUGGAUGGAGAUGUGCCACAACUCCUGUCCAUUGGCCUUUUGGAGUACGGACAGGCCAUCAUUGACACCGGAGCCGACAAGAUAGACUUCAAGAAGUUCAACACGAGUGCCAAGAUGACUAGACUGCCUUCUGGUCAUCGAACCUUGGACGUGAUUGAGUGGGGUGGUAGCAAGUUUCCGAUUCCCUCGUCGCUGGCCGAAACAUUUGGCCUGAAAGAGGGUGAUUUCAACCUUCCGUCCUCCGACCGCAGAGCAUAUAUGGCUGCUCGUCCGCUCUCCAUGGAGUUGUCGUUGAGACAGAACGAUCACUCCGUGAUUUCAGUCUUCGAGCCCAAUACGCUGACACUGAUCUCACUCAUGGCGGCUCUUGGGGUUCUCAACGCUCGAGUCAAGAAGUCCAGAAUCAGAUCAGAAGCGGAUCGAGAGAAUCUGGAGAACCACUGGUAUCACUUUGCCCGGAAGCUCCUGAUCUUGAACCAGGCCCUGGGGCUCAAGCAGUAUCCUGGGGACUACACCACGUCGAGGCCUGGUCCAAGCGAGGGGCCAAUUCCCAGCUCCCGCCAGCUGGUGGACAAGUGCAAGCAUCCGAAGGAGUUCGAGACAAGGGGGGCCAAUCAACACGGCACGUGGACUCGCUGCUCCCUUUGUCAGACCAAGACGGGAUACCAGAAAUAUGGCAAGGACAAUCCUCCUCCCGCGGCGCGGAAGACCAAGGGUGUGGACAUCGAGACCUACGUCUCCUCGAGCGCGGCCGCCGCUCCGAGAACGCCCAUGGUCUCCAGCGGAACGACGGCUCCGGCACCCAUCACGCCGGACCUGGAGAGUGCCUUUCAAGGUCAGAACCAGCAGCUGUUGCAGAACACGGCAGCUCUCAUGUCGCAGGUCAUGCUGCCUGUUGUGGAGGGAUUUCAUCAGGCCCUGAGGUUCCAGACCGAGGAAGCUCAACGUGCCCAGGAGAGACAGGAUACGCAGCUCCAGCAGCUAUUUCUGAACCAGCAGCGCAUCAUGCAGCAGACGGAUCCAACUCGCCAGCCGGGCGCUGCGUUUCCGGCGCUGCCUCCGGAAGAGCUUCAUCGGCUGCUGGCUCAAGGAUUUGCGAUGGCCCAGCAGCAUCCUUUGCCGGACGAGGAGGACUGGGAUCAGAUCUCCGAGCACCAGCCGGGCAGUUUUGGAACGAGCUCAUUGGAGCAAGAUCAACUAGUGAAUGAGCCUGAAGGCCUUCAAGAAACCAGAAAGGAGCCCAAUGGGCCGAUCAAGAAAGAACAAGAGCCAAAGAGCCAACAAGAGAAGAUCGAUGAACCUGUUUCGCGCCGCUCGUUUCGAUCGCUCGACUCUAGCUCUCCGGAGCUUAGUGCCCUCGGUCUCAGCGAGCUGCGCCCGUGUAGCCAUGAUGACUUCGUGGCCAAUCUGGCCAAAGAGAAGCCCAAGAUCAUCGAGAUCUUUUUGGCCCCGCGGGUGACUCCCGUGGCUGCGCGUCAAGGCCUCAAGACGACAGAACCGGCCAAUCUGGAUCUGAAGUCUGGAUGGAACGCCUUGGACUAUGGAGAUCGACAGAAGAUGUGGCGCAUUCUGGAGGAACAGGCUCCAGAUGUGGUGAUCUUGAGCCCCGAGUGCAAGAUGUUCAGUCAGCUGAUGAACAUCAAUCUUCGACGCAUCCCCAUCGAGAAACUCACCAAGGAACAGAUGGAAGCCCUGGUCAUGUGGCAGCUAUGUCUUCAAGUAGCUGAUUUUCAACUUCAGAAGGGCCGCUUCUUUAUCAUUGAGCAGCCCGCUGGUGCUUCCUCGUGGCGCACCCAUGGCUUUGAGUGGCUGCUGAAACAAAAAGGCGUGCUUCAUUUCUUGUUUGAUCAGUGCGAACUCGGCUUGAGCGUGGACAAGAAAGGAGGUCUCUCUCGAAAGUCCACAGGUCUGGCGACCAAUCACCUGGGUGUCGCCUUCCUGUUGUCUCAGUUUCAAUGCCGACAACAGCACUCUCACGUGCACUUAGAAAGCGGCUUGCCUAGAAAAGCUCAGGUGUAUCCGAAAGACAUGGUUGAGAUCAUAGUGAAGGGUUUGGAAACUGGUUCUAGCAGUUUCUCCGGGGCAGUGCACGAAGGUCAUGCCAUCAUGGACGAGGAAGAGGUCGAGAUAGGUGGUGAAGACAUGGUGCAGCCUCGGGCUCCAGGCACCAUUCAACGAGACCUCUCCAUCGAUUUGACCGAGGAACAGAAGAGAAAAGUGGAGCUCAUGCAUAACAACAUGGGUCACAUUUCCAGAGAACAGAUGCUCUCCAUGCUCAAAGCUGCCGGCGCCAAGGAAGGAGGCUACAGCCCAUGUCAACUUGUCUUCGGGGUGAACCCCCGCGUGCCCACAGAGCUUUUGUCGGACGACACCUUGCAGGAGCUUGGAUGGCAGGAGUUAGAAGCAGAUGCCUUUGAUCAAGACACAGCCGCAGCCGCCUUCAACAGAUCUCAUCAGAUUAGGACUGUGUCAGAUCCAGAACAAGAGAGGCUUGAAAAGAUAGCCUUGAGAACCUUGAAGAGAUUGGAGAGAGAAGACAAAGUUAGGAGAUUGAAUGAGGAGAGGAUAGCAGGACAGUCCUCGUCGUCCGCCUCCAUUGAUCCAGAUUCAAGCACAGACCGACAACCACCUCGUGUCAUAGCAGAGAUUGACGUGGAGGAGCAAGAGAACCAAACGGAGGGUCCCUUCGACUCUCUCAGGGAGGAGCUGUUGGGCGUGAUGUCACAAGAAGGGCUUGCUUUUUCCGAGUUCAAGGUCGAAGGCGAGUGCCUCAUGGUGAAGCCUUUCAAAGGAAAGAGCCAAGAAUUCAACAUGAAGGAGGCGACUCCUGAAGAGGUUCAAGGUUUCAAGAAUGCGGAUCAGGCAGAGUGGAAGACAAUUCUGGACCUCAAGGCAGUCAAGGUGCUUUCCUUGCAGGAGUCGCGAGAUGUCAGACAACACCAACCUCAUCGCAUUCUUCAGUCUCGAUUCGUGCGCCGGAAGAAACCCAUGCCGGGCAAGCUCUACGUGGAAGCUUGCGAUGGACUAUGCCUGCCCAAAGGCACAUUGGUUCAGCUGGUGGCACCAGUGUAUGGUCUUGAAGACGCCCCCCUUCGGUGGCAUCAUACAGUUGUUCACUACCUGCGGGAUCUUGGCUUUGAAAGAAGCCUACUGGAACCUUGUUGGUAUGUGAGAAGAGACGAGAAAGGCGAGGUAGAAGCCAUGAUUCUAGUGGAAGUAGACGACUUGAAUGUGGCUGCAAAACCAGAGGUCAGAGAUCAUCUUCUGGAAGACCUCAGUGCUCGUUUUCGUUUCGGCAAGAUGGAAUACGAUGAAGCCGAUUUUGCCGGCCGUCAUGUGAAGGUUCUCCCAGGACGAAUUGAGAUGAAUCAGGAGAAAUACAUAGUGGAGAAACUACAUCCAGUUCGAAUUGAGCAAGGUCGUAAGGGAGAUAGAGCAGCCGCCUUGAAUCAUGAUGAGUUCGAGUCCUUCAGGAGCAUGUUGUACAGAGUGGCCUGGGUCGCGCACCAAACCAGGCCUGAAGCAGCAGGGGUCGUCAGCAUUCUGUCUUCUCGGCUGAAGGAAGCGACAGUUCACGACGUGUGUUGCAUCAACAAGUUGAUCGGUCAUCUUCGGAAUACGGCACAGCAACGCAAGGUGGCCUCAACCCUAGCUGGCGAAGCAUUGGCCUUUAACCAAUCAUUGGGAGAAGUCGAGUGGAUUCAAAUCAUGAUCAGAGACAUCGUGAAGGGAGACAUAUCAAGACGUGACUGGACCGAAUCCCUUCAACCGCACUUUCCCAUGCUUCGAGAAGGCUGCGAGCUAGCUUCCCGGCUUCAGCAGUGUCACAUUACGGACGCCAAAAGUUUGUUUGACGCCCUCGUGAAGGAAUCACCCAUGUCACGACAAGAUCGCAGAACAUCAGUUGAGCUGAGCAUCAUUUUGGAGUCGCUGAACAAAGCCAAGAGUGUCGUUCGCUGGACCCCACAUCCUCGGAUGAUAGCAAAUGGUUUGACGAAAGCUGACAUUUCCAAAUCUAAUGGUGCCUUAGAAGAGCUCUGGAGAACAUCCAAGCUCGCUCUGUGGGAUGAGCUGGAAGAGUUGAAGCAGAGGAAGGCCAUUGACUACUUGAACUUUGUGAAACCAUGGGAUGAGAAGUAUAAGCAUGACACGCAGACCAAUGUGAAACAGUUCUUGCGGUGGAAGCAGCUCUACGAAGCAUCUGGCUGUCAAGUGCCUGAAUGUUGGCCCAAGCAGGUGAAACAUGACGGCCACACCAUUUCAGUGAGCGACAUUUGGUUCAUUGCCCAUCACAUGAAGAAGCUGACCACCAAGACAGGUACGAUCGAUCGCAUUGAGAAAGAGGGCGUGGUGUUGUCGAAUGGAGACUUCAUGGCAUGUGACGUGGUGGUGGGCUGUAUUGGCUUCGAACGAUCCAACACACUGUGCGAAUGGCUCACAGGGCGCAAGGAGGUGAAGACCACAAACUAUUUGGAUCAGCACAUGAUGUACUUGGCCGAUGCAGAGAUCGAUGAAGGCCCUGGCGUUCGUAUUCAAAUGUAUUCAGUAGUAAGGUGUUGGUGUUGGUGUUGGUGUUGUUGA